GUAAUUUCACUGCUUGGCUGACCGCAGACAUGACCGCAGCAGGGGUCCGGCGAGGCUUCCUAAAGAAGUACGGUGGCUUCAUGUUCAAGCAGUGGAAGGAGAAGUAUGUGGUGCUAACUGUAGAAGGGAGUCUAUUUGUGUGCAAAGAUGCAGAUUCUCCUCCCGACCAGGUGGUGGUGCUACAGAAUGAGUGCCACUCCAUAGUGGAGGGCAAGGAGAUCUUGGAUCUGCCCCGUUUGCCCCCAGGGGGGCGCCGAGACUGCUGCUUCGCCCUCAUCCUGCCCCAGGACAAGUUCUUACUGCUGCUCUCAGACAACCCUGAUGACUGCAGUCAAUGGCUGAAAUUACUGAGGAAAGUCAAAGAGGGUGUGACAUCACCGCUGACCCUGCAGCGACAGCAAAGCAUUGUCCCCUGUAUCACUGACAGAGACCCCCUGCCAGACACCCCCACUGAGAAAGAACCCCCCUCCCCCAACUUCAGCGACAAACCACUCAACUCCCCACGAACCCAAUCCAGAGAGAACUCGUUCAGAAGCAGAGGCAGUGUACGCCAGCGCCAAAGCCGCAGCCCGUCGGUGGUCCCGGCCCACCGCUCCAAUGAUUGCCUGCGCCAUGGCAACAGCAGUGAUGCCCGUGCUGUCAGGGCGGUCUGCUUAUUGAUGGGUGGAGCCGCCGCUUCAUCGGCGUUGGGCUACCUCAACUCCUGCUCGCCCUCCUCCGGCAUGGCUGCCCGGGCCCCGGAGAUCACCCACUCCACGGCUUUCUCAGAGCUCGGAGGGGGCACCUCAUACCACGCCUGCAGCCAGGCAGUCGACUCACCUCAUUUUAACAGCUUCGACUUUGAGGGCGACUCCGACUUUGAUGCUUUUGACUGCGGAGGAUUUGCGUUCUGAAAGUACAUAAUAUAUACUGCAAAUUUUAUGUCAGUGCAGAACACAGAGGUGCUGCACCUGCAGCCAACAGGUGUAAAUGGCCUGCAGUCAUUGCACUGGUUAUGUGCAGUUUAUGCUGUUUGAUUUAACCAGUUUUCCAGGGACAGUUCCUGUUUGAAGAAUGUCCCAGCUUGAAGGAACUCCAACGUUUUUUAAUUGAAUCUCUAUAUCGUGGUUGUUGGAAGAAAACCUUGUAACAUGGUAACUUUACAGGAGAAGGAAAAAAACCUACUUUACUUUUUUAGUCUUU